AUGGCUUUAAUCAGCUUCCUCAUCCUGACCUCCUUUUGUAUUGCGGGCCGAGAGGCCCUCAGCGUAUCUGACUGCGGAGCAUUUGCCAGACGACCAGAAUACACUGAUAUCGCUGUAGUGUGUGGCACAUCUGUUAUCGACCUUGCCAUUCAAAUCUGUCCGGCCGUCUACACCGGUUACAACGCGAGCUUACUGAUCCUCAACCACAUCCGGGGCAACACGGCCUGUCAGGGGAGGCUGGACACCUCUGUGACCCCUCCUGUAGUGAGAUUCAGCUUCCCCAUCACAGAGGGAAACGCCUGUGGGAGCACCUUCCUGACCACGAGUGCUCCAGGGACGGGAAUAUUCUCUGACUUCUCCAACAUCCAGACGGUCAAUGUCAGCGGGGUGAUCCGAUCCUUUGACCCCACCAUCGGGACGAUCACCUACAAUGCAGAGCUCAAGUAUUACUACUCCUGUGCUUACCCACUUGAGUAUCUCGUCAACAACACCCAAGUGGAUGUGUCAUCCUCUUCCAUUGCUUUGAAGGACAACAAUGGGAGCUUCAUCAGCACCCUCAACAUGAAAUUGUACCAGGAUAUAAAUUACACCACUCCUCUCGUCUUUCCACCUCUGGGAAUCGAACUGAGAAAAAAGAUCUAUGUGGAGGUGUCUGCAUCCAACCUGACAUCACAGUAUUUUGUGCUUCUGGACCGGUGCUACGCCUCGGUGGGUGCACAGCCGUCCAACUCCACCUUCUUCAACCUGUUUGUCUCGUGCUCCAUAGAUCAGCUCACCACCAUGCUGGAGAAUGGGGAUAGCCAAAAGGCCCGCUUCUACUUCCCGGCGUUCCGCUUCAUCGAGCAGCAGAAUGAGACCAUCUCCACCUACUAUCUGCACUGCAUCACUCGGCUCUGCGAGCGCAGCACCUGCAGCACCUUCAAGCAAUGCAACAGGAACAGGAGGAGUGUGGAGACCACUGUUGUCCAGGAGAGCAUCACUGAGCCAUCUGUGCUCACAGUGGCUAUAAAGGCCAAGACAGAGAACGCCAUUCAAUCCAAAGAAGAGGCGCUGUCUGGUGGCCAGUCUGAUGGCAGGGGCGCGUCAGUCGGCCUGGGAAUUGCCGUGGCCGUCCUUAUUGUGAUAGGGGUGGCAGCCAUUUUAAUGGCGGCUUCUUUUUAUCGAAAACUGAAGCGGCUAAGCUAG